AUGUUCCGUGCCACUAAAGAUGUUACACGAAAGUAGAUAAGCAAUAUGUUAGGGAGACUUCGAUUUGAUCAACCAUAAUCAAUUCACUGAGACAAGAACAUUCAAACAAGUGUGUUUGUGUGUGUGUGUAUGUGUGUGUGUGUGUGUGUGCUUUCUUUGUGUUUUUUGUGAAGAACACUGGCACCACAGAGAUAGAACAAUAUACAGUAACAGUCAAAAGUUUGGACACACCUACUCAUUCAAGGAUUUUUUCUUUAUUUUUGCUAUUUUCUACAUUGAAGAAUAAUAGUGAAGACAUCAAAACUAUGAAAUAACACAUAUGGAAUCAUGUAGUAACCAAAAAAGUCUUAAACAAAUCCAAAUAUAUUUUAUAUUACAAAUUCUUCAAAGUAGCCACCCUUUGCCUUGAUGACAGCUUUGAUUUGUUUAACACUUGUUUGGUUACUACAUGAUUCCGUAUGUAUUAUUUUAUAGUUUUGAUGUAUUCACUAUUAUUCUACAAUGUAGAAAAUAGUAAAAAUAAAGAAAAACUCUGGAAUGAGUAGAUGUGUCCAAACAUUUUACCAGUACUGUAUAUGGUCUACGACUGGAAUCAGGUGAUUUUGUGCUAUCAGAAGUGUUCAGGUCUGGAGCGAUGUUUUGAUAUGUCACAAUGGAGCCACUACACAGAUCGAUACACAGACCUUUCUAGGAUUGAUCGGUGAAGAUUCUGUUCUCUGUCCGCUGACCGGAUGUCAUCUUUCUACAGUGUCUCUUCUACUCAUAAAUACUAGAUAUGAGUGCUUCUCUCUUGCUCUCUCUUGCGGUCUCUCUCUCUCUCUCUCUCUCUCUCUCUCUCUCUCUCUCUCUCUCUCUCUCUCUCUCUCUCUCUCUCUCUCUCUCUCUCUCUCUCUCUCUCUCUCUCUCUCUCUCUCUCUCUCUCUCUCUCUCUCUCUCUCUCUCUCACACACACAUAUACACAAGAAUUGCGCCAGAGAAGAUUGUGCUAUUGUGUGUGUUUUGUCGCGUUAUUUGUAACUUAUUUUGUACAUAAUGUUUCUGCCACCGUCUCUUAUGACCGAAAAGAGCUUCUGGAUAUCAGGACAGCGAUUACUCACCUCGUACUGGAUGAAGAUUUUGUGUUUCACUUCUUAAGGAUCUGACCCUUUUUUUCCAUAUUCGCCUAAAAUGUCAUACCCAAAUCUAACUGCCUGCAGCUCAGGACCUGAAGCAAAUAUAUGCAUAUUCUCAAUACCAUUUGAAAGGAAAAACUUUGAAGUUUGUGGAAAUGUGAAAUUAAUGUAGGACUACAUUGGCUUGCGAAAGUAUUCACCCCCCUUGACAUUUUUCCUAUUCUGUUGCCUUACAACCUGAAAUUGCCUUACAGCUGCAAGUCUCUUGGGGUAUGUCUCUAUAAGCUUGGCACAUCUAGCCACUGGGGUUUUGCCCAUUCUUCAAGGCAAAACUGCUCCAGCUCCUUCAAGUUGGAUGGGUUCUGCUGGUGUACAGCAAUCUUUAAGUCACACCACAGAUUCUCAAUUGGAUUGAUAUCUAGGCUUUGACUAGGCCAUUCCAAGUCAUUUAAAUUUCCCCUUAAACCACUCAAGUGUUGCUUUAGCAGUAUGCUUAGGGUCAUUGUCCUGCUGGAAGGUGAACCUCCGUCCCAGUCUCAAAUCUCUGGAAGACUGAAACAGGUUUCCCUCAAGAAUUUCCCUGUAUUUAGCGCCAUCCAUCAUUCCUUCAAUUCUGACCAGUUUCCCAGUCCCUCCCGAUGAAAAACAUGCUUCACUGUGGGGAUGGUGUUCUCGGGGUGAUGAGAGGUGUUGGGUUUGCGCCAGACAUAGCGUUUUCCUUGAUGGCCAAAAAGCUCAAUUUUUGUCUCAUUGUCACGACUUCCGCCGAGGUUGCCUCCCCUCCUUGUUCGGGCAGGCUUCGCCAUUCGUCGUCACCAGCUUACUAGCCACUGCCGCUCCAUAUAUCAUCAUUCCAUUUGUCUUGUCUUGUCAAUUACACACACCUGGUUCAUAUCCCCUCAUUAGUCCCUGUAUAAGUGCUCCCUCUGCCCCCUUGUCCUUGUGGGUGAUUGCUUUAUGUGAGUCGAGUGUAGCACGGUGGAGCUACUCAUACCUUGUAUUUGCCGGGGUAGAUUAUUCCCCUGUGCCUGUAUUUUGUUGGAGCUACCCAUACCUUGUUUUGCCGGGGAAGAUUCUUCCCCUGUGCCUGUAUUUUGUUGUCGCUAUCCAGCGCAACUGUGUACGACGGAAUAAACUCUGUAUUCGGUGAUUUACCCUCCUGCGCCUGACUCCUUCUAUUCACACUCAUCACACUCAUCUGACCAGAGUACCUUCUUCCAUAUGUUUGGGGAGUCUCCCACAUGCCUUUUGGUGAACACCAAACGUGUUUGCUUAUUUCUUUCUUUAAGCAAUGGCUUUUUUCUGGCCUCUCUUCCGUAAAGCCCAGAUAUGUGGAGUGUACGGCUUAAAGUGGUCUUAUGGACAGAUACUCCAAUCUCCGCUGUGGAGCUUUGCAGCUCCUUCAGGGUUAUCUUUGGUCUCUUUGUUGCCUCUCUGAUUAAUGCCCUCCUUGCCUGGUCCGUGAGUUUUGGUUAGCGGCCCUCUCUUGGCAGGUUUGUUGUGGUGCCAUAUUUUUUUCAUUUCACUUCACCAAUUUGGACUAUUUUGUGUAUAUCCAUUACAUGAAAUGCAAAUAAAAAUAAAUGUAAAUUACAGGUUGUAAUGCAACAAAACGCCAAAGGGGACGAAUACUUUUGCAAGGCACUGCAUAUAACACAUUAGAUCUAGUAUAAUAUAAUACAAACUAUUUUAUUUUGUUCCAUCAACUUUGAAAUGCAAGAGAAAGGCCACAAUAUAAUAUUGCAGUUCAGGCGCAAUUUAGAUUUUGGCCAAUAGCUGGCAGCAGGGUGAGUGCAAAGUUUCAGAUUGAUCCAGUGAUUCAUUGCUCUGUCGUAGCCGGCCGUGACCGGGAGACCCAUGGGGCGGCGCACAAUUGGCCCAGCGUCGUCUAGGGUAGGGGAGGGAAUGGCCGGCAUGGAUGUAGCUCAGUUGGUAGAGCAUGGUGUUUGCAACGCCAGGGUUGUGGGUUCGAUUCCCACGGGGGUAUGAAAAAAAAAAAACUAAUGUAUGCACUCACUAACUGUAAGUCGCUCUGGAUAAGAGCGUCUGCUAAAUGACGUAAAUGUAAAUUGCAAUACUGGACUAUUUUGUAUAAAGUGUGCCGAAUUGGUCAAUUGAUACAUUUUCAAGUAUAUAACUAUAGAGAACAUACAAAAAUGAUAUGGUAAUAAAAUGUAAGUUUACACACUCCCAGGAAUGUCAUACAUGAUGGAUCAUUAGCUUAUCUAGAUGGCCGGGCGGGGUGGGUGUGGAGCCAGAGACAGCAAGGGUUCAAACUGUAGAACCCAGUUACUACAUUUGAAUAUAAAAAUUGAUUUUAUCAAACAAAACCAUGCUACAUUUUAUCUCUGGGACCCAUAGGAUGACAAAUCAGAGCAAGAUUACUGAAUGUAAGUACAUUAUUUACCUUCAGAGGUGAAUGUAUCAAACCAGUUGCCGUGAUACGUUUUUUGUUGUUGUGCGCUCUCCUCAAACAAUAGCAUGGUAUUUUUUCACUGUAAAUUGGACAGUUCAGUUAGACUAACAAGAAUUUAAACUUUCUGCCCAUAUAAGACAUGUCUAUGUCCUGGAAAGUUUAAUGUUACUUACAACAGUCAUGCUAAUCACAUUAGCGCACGUUAGCUCAACUGUCCCGUAUACGGGACACUGAUCCCAUAGAGAUUAACGAGUUGGACGCGAAGAAUUUACUUCAGACACUCGACAAGGCCCAAAUCCCCGUCAUUCGCAGGAGAAAUAGACGUAUUGGGGACGCAGGUCGGGAUGCCUUGUAAGGAUUCGACGGCGAGUGGGUCAUCUGCCUCUACCAUCAGUCCUAUUAGCUAAUGUACAAUCAUUGGAUAACAAAAUAGAUGAGCUACGAUCACGAAUAUCCUACCAACGGGACAUUAAAAACUGUAAUAUCUUAUGUUUCACCGAGUUGUGGCUGAACGACGACAUGGAUAACAUACAGCUGGCAGGGUUUACGCUGCAUCGGCAAGAUAGAACCGCCGCCUCUGGUAAUACAAGGGGUGGUGGUCUGUGUAUAUUUGUAAACAACAGCUGGUGCACAAAAUCUAUAUGAAGUAUCUAGGUUUUGCUUGCCUGAGGUAGAUUAUCUCAUGAUAAACUGUAGACCACACUAUUUACCAAGAGAGUUUUCAUCUAUAUUUUUCGUAGCUGUCUCUUUACCACCACAAACCGAUACUGGCACUAAGACCGCACUCAAUGAGCUGUAUAAGGACAUAAGCAAACAGGAAAACGCUCAUCCAGAGGCGGCGCUCCUAGUGGCCGGGGACUUUAACGCAGGAAAACUUUAUCAGUUUUUCCUAGUUACUACCAGAAUGUUAACUAUGCAACCAGAGGGGAAAAAAACUCUAGAGACGCGUACAAAACUCUCCCUCACCCUCCAUUUGGCAAAUCUGACCAUAAUUCCAUCCUCCUGAUUCCUGCUUACAAGCAAAAACUAAAGCAGGAAGCACCAGCAACACGGUCCAUAAAAUGCAGUGGUCAAAUGAUGCAGAUGCUAUGCUACAGGACUGUUUUGCUAGCAGAGACUGGAAUAUGUUCCGGGAUUCUUCCGAUGGCAUUGAGGAGUACACCACAUCAGUCACUGGCUUCAUCAAUAAGUGCAUCGAUGACGUCUUCCCCACAGUGGCCGUACGUUCAUACCCCAACCAGAAGCCAUGGAUUACAGGCAACAUCUGCACUGAGCUAAACGGUAGAGCUGCCGCAUUCAAGGAGCAGGACUCUAACCAGGACGCUUAUGAGAAAUCCCGCUAUGCCCUCCGACGAACUAUCAGACAGGCAAAGCGUCAAUACAGGACAAAUAUUGAAUCGUACUACACCGGCUCCGACUCUCGUCGGAUGUGGCAGGGCUUGCAAACUAUUACAGACUACAAAGCGAAGCAAAGCCGUGACCUGCCCAGUGACACAAGCCUACCAGACGAGCUAAAUUACUUCUAUGCUCGCUUCGAGGCAAGCAACACUGAAGCAUGCAUGAGAGCAUCAGCCGUUCUGAAUGACUAUGUUAUCACGCUCUCCGUAGCCGAUGUGAGUAAGACCUUAAAACAGGUCAACAUUCACAAGGCUGCAGGGCCAGACUUAUUACCAGCACGCCCUAACCAACUGGCAAGUGUCUUCGCUGAUAUUUUCAACCUGUCCCUGACUGAGUCUGUAAUAUCAACAUGUUUCAAGCAGACCACCAUAGUCCCUGUGCCCAAGAACACUAAGGUAACCUGCCUAAAUGACUACCGACCCAUAGCACUCACGUCUGUAGCCAUGAAGUGCUUUGAAAGGCUGGUCAUGGCUCACAUCAACACCAUUAUCCCAGAAACCCUAGACCCACUCCAAUUUGCAUACCGCUCCAACAGAUCCACAGAUGAUGCAAUCUCCAUUGCGCUCCACACUUCUCUUUCCCACCUGGACAAAAGGAACACCUACGUGAGAAUGCUAUUUACUGACUACAGCUCAGCGUUCAACACCAUAGUGCCCUCAAAGUUAAUCACGAAGCUAUGUACCCUGGGACUAAACACCUCCCUCUGCAACUGGAUCCUGGACUUCCUGACGGGUCGCCCCCAGGUGGUAAGGGUAGGUAACAACACAUCUGCCACGCUGAUCCUCAACACGGGGGCCCCUCAGAGGUGUGUGCUCAGUCCCCUCCUGUACUCCCUAUUUACCCACGACUGCAUGGCCAGGCAUGACUACAUCAUUAAGUUUGCUGACGACACAACAGUGGUAGGCCUGAUCACCGACAACAAUGAGACAGCCUAUAGGGAGGAGGUCAGAAAUCUGGCCAUGUGGUGCCAGGAUAACAACCUCUCCCUCAAUGUGAUCAAGACAAAGGAGAUGAUUGUGGACUACAGGAAAAAGAAGAGGACCGAGCACACCCUCUUUCACAUUGUUGGGGCUGUAGUGGAGCAGGUUGCGAGCUUCAAGUUCCUUGGUGUCCACAUCACCAACAAACUAUCAUGGUCCAAACACACCAAGACAGUCAUGAAGAGGGCACUACAAAGCCUAUUCCCCCUCAGGAGACUGAAAAGAUUUGGCAUGGGUCCUCAGAUCCUCAAAAAGUUAUACAGAUACACCAUCGAGAGCAUCCUGACAGGUUGCAUCACUGCUUGGUUUGGCAACUGCUCGGCCUCAGACCACAAGGCACUACAGAGGGUAGUGCGUACGGCCCAGUACAUGACUGUGGUCAAGCUUCCUGCCAUCCAGGAUCUCUAUACCAGGCGGUGUCAGAGGAAGUCAUAGAAUGUUCUCUCUGCUACCGCACGGCAAGAGGUACCGGAGCACCAAGUCUAGGUCCACAAGGCUUCUUAACAGCGUCUACCCGCAAGCCAUAAGACUCCUGAACAGCUAAUCAAAUGGCUACCCGGACUAUUUGCAUUGUCUUAAAACUGCAUUGUUGGUUAAGGGCUUGUAAGUCAGCAUUUCACUGUAAGGUAUUUCACCUGUUGUAUUUGGCGCAUGUGACAAAUAGAAUGUGAUUUGAUUUGAUAUACGCACACACAGCCCAUGCACCUGACACCAGCUAUGGGACCAAAAGAUUGAUUGAAAUAAUAAAAAUAAAAAUAUACACCAUCCAGCAGAUAUUUUAUCCAAAGCAACUUAUAGUCAUGUAGUCUUAGCUCCUGAGUGGCGCAGUGGUCUAAGGCCCUGCAUCGCAGUGCUAACUGUGCCACUAAAGAUCCUGGUUCGAAUCCAGGCUCUGUCGCGACCGGGAGACUCAUGGGCGGCGCACAAUUUGUCCAGGGUAGGGGAGGGAAUGGCCGGCAGGGAUGUAGCUCAGUUGAUAGAGCAUGGCGUUUGCAACGCCAGGGUUGUGGGUUCGAUUCCCACGGGGGGCCAGUAUAAAAAAAAAUGUAUUCACUAACUGUAAGUUGCUCUGGAUAAGAGCGUCUGCUAAAUGACUAAAAUGUAAAUGUAAUGUGUGCGUACAUUAUAAGUAUGGGUGGUCGCGGGAAUCGGACACACUAUCCUGGCAUUGCAAGCACCAUGCUCUACCAAACAUUCAGUCAGUGCUCAAAGCAUCUCAGAUAGUACAUAUCAUUAAUGAAAUAGAUAUGGCUGGUAUGAGCACAAUACUUGGCAGUCAAUGUUGAUUGCCUAUACAAAUCUUCCCAGACCUCAGGCACCUGAAACAAUCUAAGCCGAUAUUCUAUAUUUCUCUAACUUCAUACACUCAUCAAUAAAGACUACAGUGAUCACCUCUAUACUGGGAGUAGGCUAGAAGGCUCUAAACUUGGCUGCCCAGUCUACCAAGGUGCUAUAUAAUCAAAUCAAAUCAAAUUUUAUUGGUCACAUGCGCCGAAUACAACAGGUGCAGACAUUGCAGUGAAAUGCUUACUUACAGCCCUUAACCAACAGUGCAUUUAUUUUAAACAAAAAAAGUAAGAAUAAAACAACAACAACAAAAAAGUGUUGAGAAAAAAAGAGCAGAAGUAAAAUAAAGUGACAGUAGGGAGGCUAUAUAUACAGUAAAAUAAAGUGACAGUAGGGAGGCUAUAUAUACAGGGGGGUACCGUUGCAGAGUCAAUGUGCGGGGGCACCGGCUAGUUGAGGUAGUUGAGGUAAUAUGUACAUGUGGGUAGAGUUAAAGUGACUAUGCAUAAAUACUUAACAGAGUAGCAGCAGCGUAAAAAGGAUGGGGUGGGGGGGCAGUGCAAAUAGUCCGGGUAGCCAUGAUUAGCUGUUCAGGAGUCUUAUGGCUUGGGGGUAGAAGCUGUUGAGAAGUCUUUUGGACCUAGACUUGGCACUCCGGUACCGCUUGCCGUGCGGUAGCAGAGAGAACAGUCUAUGACUAGGGUGGCUGGAGUCUUUGACAAUUUUGAGGGCCUUCCUUUGACACCGCCUGGUAUAGAGGUCCUGGAUGGCAGGGAGCUUUGCCCCAGUGAUGUACUGGGCCGUACGCACUACCCUCUGUAGUGCCUUGCGGUCAGAGGCCAAGCAGUUGCCAUACCAGGCGGUGAUGCAACCAGUCAGGAUGCUCUCGAUGGUGCAGCUGUAGAAUUUUUUGAGGAUCUGAGGACCCAUGCCAAAUCUUUUUAGUCUCCUGAGGGGGAAUAGGCUUUGUCGUGCCCUCUUCACGACUGUCUUGGUGUGUUUUGACCAUGAUAGUUCGUUGGUGAUGUGGACACCAAGGAACUUGAAGCUCUCAACCUGUUCCACUACAGCCCCGUCGAUGAGAAUGGGGGCGUGCUCAGUCCUCUUUUUUUUCCUGUAGUCCACAAUCAUCUCCUUUGUCUUGGUCACGUUGAGGGAGAGGUUGUUGUCCUGGCACCACACGGCCAGAUCUCUGACCUCCUCCCUAUAGGCUGUCUCAUCGUUGUCGGUGAUCAGGCCUACCACUGUUGUGUCGUCGGCAAACUUAAUGAUGGUGUUGGAGUCGUGCCUGGCCAUGCAGUCAUGGGUGAACAGAGAGUACAGGAGGGGACUGAGCACGCACCCCUGAGGGGCCCCCGUGUUGAGGAUCAGUGUGGCAGAUGUGUUGUUACCUACCCUUACCACCUGGGGGCGGCCCGUCAGGAAGUCCAGGAUCCAGUUGCAGAGGGAGGUGUUUAGUCCCAGGAUCCUUAGCUUAGUGAUGAGCUUAGAGGGCACUAUGGUGUUGAAUGCUGAGCUGUAGUCAAUGAAUAGCAUUCUCACGUAGGUGUUCCUCUUGUCCAGGUGGGAAAGGGCAGUGUGGAGUGCGAUAGAGAUUGCAUCAUCUGUGGAUUUGUUGGGGCGGUAUGCAAAUUGGAGUGGGUCUAGGGUUUCUGGGAUUAUGCUGUUGAUGUGAGCCAUGACCAGUCUUUCAAAGCACUUCAUGGCUACAGACGUCAGUGCUACGGGUCGGUAGUCAUUUAGGCAGGUUAUCUUAGAGUUCUUGGGCACGGGGACUAUGGUGGUCUGCUUGAAACAUGUUGGUAUUACAGACUCAGUCAGGGACAUGUUGAAAAUGUCAGUGAAGACACUUGCCAGUUGGUCAGCACAUGCUCGGAGUACACGUCCUGGUAAUCCGUCUGGCCCUGCGGCCUUGUGAAUGUUGACCUGCUUAAAAGUCUUACUCACAUCGGCUACGGAGAGCGUGAUCACAUAGUCGUCCGGAACAGCUGGUGCUCUCAUGCAUGCUUCAGUGUUGCUUGCCUCGAAGCGAGCAUAGAAGUGGUUUAGCUCGUCUGGUAGGCUUGUGUCACUGGGCAGCUCGCGGCUGUGCUUCCCUUUGUAGUCUGUAAUAGUUUUCAAGCCCUGCCACAUCCGACGAGCGUCAGAGCCAGUGUAGUAUGAUUCAAUCUUAGACCUGUAUUGACUCUUUGCCUGUUUGAUGGUUCGUCGGAGGUCAUAGCGGGAUUUCUUAUAAGCGUCCGGGUUAGAGUCCCGUUCCUUGAAAGCGGCAGCUCUACCCUUUAGCUCAGUGCGGAUGUUUCCUGUAAUCCAUGGCUUCUGGUUGGGGUAUGUACGUACGGUCACUGUGGGGACGACAUCAUCGAUGCACUUAUUGAUGAAGCCAGUGACUGAUGUGGUGUACUCCUCAAUGCUGUCUGAAGAAUCCCGGAACAUGUUCCAGUCUGUGCUAGCAAAACAGUCCUGUAGCUUAGCAUCUGCGUCAUCUGACCACUUUUUUAUUAACCGAAUCACUGGUGCUUCCUGCUUCAGUUUUUGCUUAUAAGCAGGAAUCAGGAGGAUAGAGUUAUGGUCAGAUUUGCCAAAUGGAGGGCGAGGGAGAGCUUUGUAUGCGUCUCUUUGUGUGGAGUAAAGGUGGUCUAGAGUUUUUUUUCCCUCUGGUUGCACAUUUAACAUGCUGGUAGAAAUUAGGUAGAACGGAUUUAAGUUUCCCUGCAUUAAAGUCCCCGGCUACUAGGAGCGCUGCAUCUGGAUGAGCGUUUUCCUGUUGAUUAAUGGCCUUGUACAACUCAUUCAGUGCAAUCUUAAUGCCAGCAUUGGUUUGUGGUGGUAAAUAGACAGCUAUGAAAAAUAUAGAUGAAAACUCUCUUGGUAAAUAGUGUGGUCUACAGCUUAUCAGAAGAUACUCUACCUCAGGCGAGCAAAACCUCGAGACUUCCUUGGUAUUUGAUUUUGUGCACCAGCUGUUGUUUACAAAUAUACAGAGACCGCCACCCCUUGUCUUACCAGAGUCUGCAGUUCUGUCCUGUCGAUGUAGCGUAUAGCCCGCUAGCUGAAUGUUAUCAUUGUUGUCGUUCAGCCACGACUCCGUGAAACAUAAGAUAUUACAGUUUUUAAUGUCCCGUUGGUAGGAUAACCGUAAUCUUAAAUCGUCAAUUUUAUUCUCAAAAGAUUGAACGUUGGCUAAUAGGAUUGAUGGGAGAGGCAGUUUACUCGCUCGCCGUCGGAUCCUUACGAGGCACCCGGAUCUGCGUCCGCGAUAUCUCCGUCUCUUCAUCACGCGAAUGACGGGGAUCUGGACCUUGUCGGGUGUCUGUAUGAUAUCCUUCGCGAACGCCUCGUUGAAGAAAAAAUAUUCGUCCAAUGCGAGGUGAGUAAUCGCUGUCCUGAUAUCCAGAAGCUCUCUUUGGUUAUAAGAGACGAUGGCAGAAACAUUAUGUACAAAAUAAAUUACAAAUAACGCGGAAAAACACACAUAAUAGUACAAUUGGUUAGAGGGCUGUAAAACGGCAGCCAUCUUCUUCCGGCGCUGUUCUGUUUUCUAUAAUAUUACCUUAUGCAUGAUACACAGGUCACUGUUCUACUGAUUAGAGACAGACACACACUGGCUCUCAGGGACUCAUUAGCUAUUCACCAGGCAUCCAGGCGUUGCGUGUGUGUGUGUGUGUGUGUGUGUGUGUGUCAGAGAGGUGAAGCAGUGGUGUGUUUAGCCUAGAGCCGGGCAGCAGGCAGCGGGCUGGUGAAUAACAGACAGAUCUGUUGAAUCUCAGAACAGACAGACAGACAAUCAUCUCUCCAUCUCACCCUGCCUGCCUAGCCACUAAUCAUAUCUCCCUCUGCACCUGAUGAAGGCCAGACAGACAGACAUGCAGAGAUGGGGGAGUGAAGAGGGGAUUCAGAGAGGGAUAUAGAGAUAAAGAGAUACAAUACAGAUGGACAGAGAAAAAGCAGGAGAGAAAGGGAGAGAAAACAUCCAGAGAGUGAACGUGACUAUAACAUGGAUCAUCAGUGUGUUGUCUGUCUGCCCUUUAGUUUUCACAAUAGUAGUCUUGGUAACAACAGCAUAUUAAGCUUACAGCAUAUCAGGUUUCAAAAUGUUCUUUAGAAAUGAAAACUCCUAGACUAACUAUAUCAGUUUUGUGGAAAGGUCAGAGCCAUCAGAAUGUGACUCUAAAGUUAGUCUAGAGUUCUCUUCUAAAGUACAUAGUCCCCUCUCCUCUUUCCUUUCUCUCUAAUGGAUCACUCUCCCUCCCUCCUCUCCUUCCUCCCUCUCCCCCUCGCUCACUCUCACUCUCCCCCUCCCCCCUCCCUCUCCUCCUUACCUCCCCCUCUCCCCUCCCUCUCACUCUCACUCCCCCCCCUCUCACUCCCCCCCACUCUCCCCUCUCCCCCUCUCCCCCACUCUCCCCCCCUCUCACCUCCCCUACUCUCCCCCUCUAUCCCCUCUCCCCUCUCCCCUCUUCCCCCUCUCCCCCCCUCCCACUCUCACCCCCUCUCACUCUCCCUGUUCCCCUCUCCCCUCUUGCCCUCUCACUCUCCCCCUCACUCUCCCUCUUCCCUCUCUCUCCCCUCUCCCCCCCUCGUCACCCUCUCCCUCCUUCCCCUCUCACCCCUCUCCCCUCUCCACUCUUCACUCUUCCCCACCCCUCCCCCUCGUCCCCUUCUCACUCUCCCCCUCUCCCCCUCUACCCUCCCCUCUCCCCCUCUCCCCCUUCCCCCUCUCUCUCCCCCAUCCACCUCUCACAGCUCUCUUUUUCCUUUUUCCUUUCUCCCUUCUCUUUUCUUUCUCUUCCACCCUUUCUCUUUCUCUAUCUAAUUAAAUAUCUACCCCACCUCUCUGCCCAUUUCCAUCAAAUCCUGCUGUGCCCCCCCCCCCCCCCCCCCCCCCCCCCCUCUCAGACGUUGUAAUGUCUCCUUUCUACCAGGGGUAAUAGAGAGCUUUAAAGGAUGAAGGUCACCAAUAUAAUUAAAUACAACUUUAAUUGGGAAUUCUUCCAUGCACAUUACAUCCACAGAAGUAUAUACACACACGCUACAGUAUGGACAUCACAUUGUACCACCACAGCCUCUUUUCUUGGGGUGUAGUCAUUGGGUAGGAGGCCGCCAGUGCUGUGUUACAGUAUCAUAUUUAACGCUUGGCUGCUCUACAGAAGUGUAAUUACCUCUGCAGUGUUAUUAAGCACUGUUUUAUUACACACAUUCACACUGCCCACCCUCCUGCCUGCCCGCCCUCCUACCUGCCCACCCAUCUGCCCGCCCUCCUGUAUGCCCGCCCGCCCAUCCACCCUCCUGCCUGCCCACCCUCCUGCCUCCCCACCGUCCUGCCUGUCUGCCUGCCUGUAUUCCUGUUUGUCUGUCUGUCCACCCUGCUGUCUGAACACUCGACCAGGAGCCAUAGGUUUACAUUUACAAUUUUUUGUUAUAUACUGUAUAUAUUUUAGUCAUUUAGCAUGUAGCUGUGUAUCUAAGCUGGCUCUGUAGGAAAUUGGAAUACACUGAAGGUUCAUGUAAAACAGUCAAUUUGUUGUUCUGAUUACCAUUCAACCCACACGUUCCUACACACUUAAACAGCGCUAUGAGCCAGUGUUGCACAAAACAAUCAUAAACAAUAAUGAUUACAUCUGUGUGACAGACAGGCCAAACUGAACUUCCUUAUGUGUGUGUGUAUGUGUGUGUGCGUGUGUGCGUGCGUGUGUGUGUGUGUGUGUGCGUGUAUGUGUGUGUGUGUGUGUGUUGUACGGUGGAGAUUUGUCUCUCUCUCGUGCUUAUCUGACUCUCCCCAGCGUUCUAUAAAACAAUAAGCCUAUUUAAUGCAGCCCUUCAUUUGUGUUUAUGUGUGUGUCAGUAUGUGCAUACAUACGUUUAUUUGUGUGUUUGUGCAUUGUUCUGUCUCUGCCAUGUUUAUGCUGCGUCUCUCAUCCCAGCUCCCAGAUCGAUGUCGGAUGAGGAUAUAAGAGGCAGUAUUGAUUGUAAUUUACUGCGACGCUCAUUCCAAUCGCCCGCCUUAUCACCAAUCUAAUUUCUAUCUGCCACGCUGUCAGCAAUUCAACAACCACGGCACCAAAAAGAACCAGGGAAUAACAAAUAAAUGAAUAACAAAUAAAUGAAUAAUCUAGCAAGGCCUUCUAACUCCCGCAUAGAUAAGCAGGGUGCUCAUCUCUCUCUUUCUGCUUCUACCCCUCAUUCUAUUAUUCUCUACAUUUCCUCUUUCACUGUCAUCCUCUCCCUAUCUAUCUUUCUUUCUCUUUAGUUCUCCCUCUCUUUCUCCUAUAAUUUCCCUUCUCUCUCUGUGCAGUCUGUUCUGUUCUGUUCUGUUAGAUGUGGUAAAUGCAGACGUUUAUUAUACUGCCACUCAGACUGGCACUAAGUACUUCUUACCUUUCUUUCCUGAGUGGUUAUACUGCUGUGUAAAAGUGUGAAUAUUUGGGUCUCUGCCCUUUUCGUCUUUUUCUCCUUCUCUCCUACUCUCCCUGUCUCUCUAGUUCCUUAUUAAAGUGGAUAUGUGGCCUCCAUUUAAAAGUACAGCUGCCAUGCCCCCUUGCCCAUAGUAAAACACAUUCGCUGUCUGUUACAGAGAAACCCCGUGCCACACAACUAGACUCAAUUUAAGUUUAACUGGUCUGAGCUAAGGACAUAAUGACAUUAACAUGAACUUCACUGUAUUGGACAAGGACAGACAGAACUAUCUACAGACCCCAUUUAGACAAUGUGUAAAAGAUGUGCUACUGUUACUCACCCAGAACCACUGAAAACUUCACUCUAUUUCUCCACUUCAGGGGGUGUUGCAAGAAAUCCACACACUACCACUGCAUAGUAUACACUAUCAUAUCAUAUAUUCCUAUUGUACAGCAUGUAAUAUCAUUAGGGCUGUCAAAGUUAAUCAGUUAAUCAGUUAACUCGAGUUAACUUUUAAAAAUUGUAGUACCCAAUUUUAUUUUGUGUGAAAUUAAUCACAUUGUCUGAAAGCGUUCAAAAUACACUGAAAACAUCAAAAAUACAUAAUCUAUACAGCUAUACAGCUAAAAACAACAAUCUGAUGUCAAAACAAGUUGACAUUGAGAUUAAAGAAAGCUGCUUUAUAAAUUUACAUGAUUUUGCUUAUCGUUACUUCGUACAAAAUCAAGACAUCAAUAUUCUUGUAAUGCUUUUUGAUAUAAAAAAUCUUGAAUUACAGCUCAAUUUGAGCAAAUUCAGAAUUAGCAAUUCAUUAUUCAACAGUUUGGCAGCCCUAAAUAUCAGUUGACUCAUGUCUCUUCCAUCUCUUUAAGUAGAGACUUGUGGCUAAGCAUGAGAGGUGUGGCGAGUGAUGCAUGUGUGUGUGUGUGUGUGUGCGUGUCUGUGUGUGUGUAUGUGUUGAUGCGCUUGUGGUGAGGGGUCUUUUUGUGAUGAUCUUCCGUUCAUAGUUUCCUCUCUACAGCCAUGCCAGAGUGUCUCUGCUAGCCACGGACUGGGUGACAAGCCAAAGGGUGGGGGUGAGACGGGUGUGGAGGAAGAGGAAAGAGGGGGGGCUAUCAGACCUAAAGGUGUGGGUGGGACUUCCUCUACCUAUAAGGUCAGGGCUAGGAGGUAGCCAAUCAGUCAGAACGGUUGGGCACCACAUUACGACUUCUAAAUCUAAAAAUGUUCAAAUCUGAGCACUUUCACCACCUGAAGAUGAGGUUGAGUCUGGUGUUCUGCACUCUGCUCUGUGUAGCCUCAUGGAUGGCCGGGGUCUAUGCAAGUGAUUUAAUACCUCUAAUAUUAUGAAUGAAAGUGUGUGUGUCUGUGUGUACGUAUGUAAUGUGUACGUGUGUGUAAACUAUGUGUAAACAUAGUAGAUUGUUCUCUUUCUCUCCCCUGUAUAGACGUUGGACCCGUCAAGAGCUGUUGUCUUCAGCUGUCUCAGACAAGAGUCCAGCCUAAAAACAUAGUGUACUACACCGUACAGACUACACCGUUGUGUCCCAUCGACGCUAUAGUGUCAGUACCCUACAUUCAUAUUUCCUACUCAGUCAUACUACACCGUAAAGAUUAGCAUGUGUCCAACGAUGCUAUUGUGCGUAUCCUACAAUAUCACACAGAACCACUGGUUUUACUCCACUACCAAUGUCUUCACCGGGAAAUGACAGAGAAUAAAAAUGACCUCACCGAAACGAUUGACCUCUUGAUCUAUUCCAGGUUACACACCGCAGGCAGGGAGAGGAUCUGCGCUGACCCAGGAAGGGAUUGGGUGAGGAAGGCAAUGGGAAAGGUGGAUGAAGCCAAGACGAUCAAGAGAGAAGAGGAGGAGGGAAAAUAG